CUCCCGCUCCCUGCCGCCCCGUGGACAACGCCUCGCCCGCCCGCCCGCGCGCCCGCCUAUGGCUGGGAAGGUUCUGUCGCUGCUGCCGCCGUUGCUGCUGGCCGUGGCGGGCCUCACGGGGCUCCUGCUGCUAUACGUCCCCACCCGCGACGUCCGGGAGCUGCCCGCCCUCAAGUAUGGCAUUGUCCUGGACGCUGGCUCUUCCCACACAUCCAUGUUUAUCUACAAGUGGCCCGCAGACAAGGAGAAUGACACGGGCAUCGUGGGCCAGCACAGCUCCUGUGACGUGCGCGGAGGGGGCAUCUCCAGCUAUGCAGACAACCCUUCCAGGGCUGGCCAGAGUCUUGUUGAAUGCUUGGACCAGGCACUUCAGGACGUGCCCAAAGAGAGACACGUGGGCACACCCCUCUACCUGGGAGCCACAGCAGGCAUGCGCCUGCUCAACCUGACCAGUCCAGAGGCCUCGGCCAAUGUGCUUGCGGCUGUGACCCAGACGCUGACCCAGUAUCCCUUUGAUUUCCGUGGUGCCCACAUCCUCUCGGGCCAGGACGAGGGGGUGUUUGGUUGGGUGACCGCCAACUACCUGCUGGAGAACUUCAUCAAGUAUGGCUGGGUGGGCCGGUGGUUCCAGCCAAGGAAGGGGACGCUGGGGGCCAUGGACCUGGGGGGCGCCUCCACUCAGAUCACCUUCGAGACGGCCAGCCCAGCUGAGGAUCCAGCCAAUGAGGUCCAGCUUCGGCUCUAUGGCCAGCACUACCGGGUCUACACACACAGCUUCCUCUGCUAUGGCCGUGACGAGGUCCUCCGGAGGCUGCUAGCUGGUGCACUGCAGACCCAUGGCUUCCAUCCUUGCUGGCCAAGGGGCUAUUCCACCCAAGUGCUGCUUCAGGAUGUGUAUGAGUCUCCAUGCACUGCGGCCCAGCGGCCCCAGGCCUUCAACAACAGCACCAGGGUCAGCUUGUCCGGGACUAGCAACCCUGCCCUCUGCCGUAGCCUCAUCAUGGGACUCUUCAAUUUCUCCUCCUGCCGCUUCUCCCGAUGUUCCUUCAAUGGCAUCUUCCAGCCCCCUGUGGCUGGGAACUUCAUUGCCUUCUCUGCCUUCUUCUACACCAUGAACUUCCUGCGGACGGUGAUGGGGCUGCCUGUGGCAACCUUGCAGCAGCUGGAGGCAGCUGUGGUCACGGUCUGCAACCAGACAUGGAAUGAGCUACAGUCUCGGGCCCCGGGGGAGCGGGCCCGCCUGCCCGACUACUGCGCGGGGGCCAUGUUCGUGCAGCAGCUGCUGAGCCGCGGCUAUGGCUUCCACGAGCGCGCCUUCGGAGGGGUGACUUUCCAGAAGAAGGCCGGGGACACCGCGGUCGGGUGGGCGCUCGGCUACAUGCUGAACCUGACCAACCUGAUCCCCGCCGAGCCGCCGGCGCUGCGCAAGGGCACAGACUUCGGCGCCUGGGUCGUCCUUGUCCUGCUCUGCGCCGCCAUGCUUCUGGCCGCGUUCGUUCUGCUGCUGCGCCAGGCGCGCUCGGCCAAGUCGUCGGGCGCCAUCUAG